AUGUCGUCCCACGAGCCUCGUUUCGACGAGUCCGAGUCGGAGGACGACAACUUCAACCCUGCCCCAGCCGACCUGUCUGAUGACGAGAACAAUAACGACGAGGGUGCAAGCGACCGCAAGCGCUCCAGUCCCGCGCGAGAUGAUGACAACGACGAUGAGGACGAUGCUCGCCCGGCCAACGGCCCUUCGCGCAGCUCGAACAAGGGAUCCGACGCUGAGGAUGGCGAUGAGGAUCAAGAAGAGGACACCAGGAAGAACGAUUUUGACGAGGACGAAGAUGAAGAAGAGGAAGAGGAUGAUGAAGACGACGACGUUCAAGGCGGCCAUCGACGUAAGCGACGCCGCGACAGGCGAGCCGCCUUCUUCGAUAUCGAAGCCGAGGUCGAUGACGAAGACGAGGCCGAGGAUGAAGAGAAGGAGGGUGAGGAGAUUGAAGACUUUAUCGAUAACGCGCACCCGGAUGACAUCGCGGAGAGCGGCGCCCUCGACGAUGAUAGGAGACAUCGGGAGCUCGACCGCCGCCGCGAGCUGGAGGCCAGCCUGGACGCCGAGAAGCAGGCAGAAAUUCUCAAGCAGCGCUAUGGUGCCCGCCGCGCUGCCAGGGGGUUCGGCGACUCGACCGUUGUGCCCAAGCGACUCCUCCUCCCCAGCGUCGACGACCCUAGCAUCUGGGCCGUGCGGUGUAAGGAGGGCAAGGAGCGCGAGGUCGUCUUUUCCAUCAUGAAGAGGAUCGAGGAGCGGCUGGGCACCAAGGACGAGCUGGCCAUCACCGCCGCCUUCGAGCGCGGUGGGCCGCAGUCCGUCAUGAAGGGUUACAUCUAUGUCGAGGCCCUACGGCAGACCGAUAUUCUCGUCGCGCUCGAUGGGCUCCUUAAUGUCUACCCACGAACGAAGAUGAUGCUGGUCGAGAUCAAGGACAUGCCCGAUCUCCUCCGGGUCCAAAAGACGCCCACGCUGGAGCCGGGCGCAUGGGUCCGCCUCCGCAAGCCUGCGAAAUACGCAAACGAUCUCGCUCAGGUGCUCGACGUCACCGAGAACGGACUCGAAGCGCGCGUGCGCUUCAUCCCCCGCCUUGACUACGGCGUGCGGGAUGAGGCCAUCAAUAAUGCAGUCAUGACCCCAGACGGCAAGCGCAAGCGCGCGCCUGGUAUGCCGGGCCCCCGCCCCCCUCAACGACUCUUCAGUGAGGCCGAAGCCCGCAAGCGCCACCCUCGGCACAUCACCGGUAACCCGCAGACGAACAGCUGGACGUAUAUGGGCGACGAGUUCGAGAGCGGCUUCAUGGUCAAGGACAUCAAGAUCCAGCAGCUACUGGUUAAGGACGUUAGCCCGACGCUUGAGGAGGUCACCAAGUUCGCCUCGGGUGCCGAGGACGGAACCGAGAAUCUCGACCUCAAGGCCCUCGCGGCCAGUCUCAAGGACAGCAGCUCCAACGUUGCCUAUCUGCCCGGCGAUAUCAUCGAGGUCUACGACGGUGAGCAAAAGGGCGUGGUGGGCAAGGCAACCAACGUGCAGGGCGACAUCGUCACCAUGCAGGUCACUACGGGCGAUCUUGUCGGCCAGACGAUCGAGGUUCCCGUCAAGGGACUGCGCAAGCGCUUCGAUCCUGGUGACCAUGUCAAGGUCAUCGGAGGACGGUUCCGCGACGAAGUGGGCAUGGUCGUCAAGAUCUCCGAGGACAAAGUGACCAUUUUGACGGACCAGAACAACAACGAGAUCACCGUGUUCAGCAAGGAUCUGCGCGAAGCCAGCGACAUUGGUGGCCAGGGCUCUCUAGGCCAGUACUCGCUGCUCGAUCUCGUCCAGCUGGAUCCAACCACUGUCGCUUGUAUCGUCAAGGUCGAUCGUGAGUCACUCGUGGUUCUGGACCAGAAUGGAGACAUCAGGCAGAUUAUGCCUUCCCAGAUCAGCAACAAGUUCCCCAAGCGCAAGACGGCUGUUGCUGCGGACCGCAACGGGUCCGAGAUUCGGCUGGACGAUGUUGUCCGAGAGUACGGUGGCCAGCAGCGCCAGGGCAAGAUUCUCCACAUCUACCGGUCCUACAUCUUCUUGCACAGCAACACCACAAAUGAGAAUGCCGGCGUCUUUGUGACCAGGGCGAGCAACGUGAACACCAUCGCCGCUAAGGGCGGACGCGUGAACGCCAUGGCCAGUGGCCCCGAUCUGAACUCGAUGAACCCGGCCCUCAAGCGAAACCCUAACGGCGGCAACUCGAUGCAAGCCCCUCAAAAGGUCUUUGGCCGCGAUCGCGCUAUAGGACAGACUGUCACGGUGAAGAAGGGCGGCUACAAGGGUCUUCUUGGCAUUGUCAAGGACACGACGGAUACGCACGCCCGCGUCGAGCUGCACACCAAGGGCAAGAUCAUCACGGUUCCCAAGGCUGAUCUCGCAUUCAGAGACAAAGUCACUGGCGCCAAGAUUGACAUCAACUCGAGGGGCGGCUUCUCUGGUCGCGGAGGAGCCGGAGGCGGUGGUGGCCGCGGCGGAUACGGCGGCGGUGGUGCUCCGGACUGGCAGGGCAGCGGCAGUCGUACACCGCAGGUCGCCUCGGGCGGAGAGCGCACCCCGGCUUGGGGCUCAGGACGAGCGACUGCACACACCCCGGCAUGGAGCCGAUCCGAUAUGGCCGGCUCGCGAACUCCUGCCUGGGCGGACGGAUCGAGGACUGUCAACCCAUACGACGGCAGCCGCACUGCUUACGGAUCAGGCUCCCGCACUCCGGCAUGGUCAUCCGGUGCCAAGACCCCCGCCUACGACGGGUUCGGCCUGGGCUCCAAAACGCCGGCGUACGGAGGCAGCGGCAGCGACGCCUGGGGUGCCGGGUCCAAGACGCCUGCUUACGGCGUGUCGGCACCCACUCCCGGUGCAAGCGGUAAUGACACGUGGGGUUACACGCCCGGGCCGAGCGGCUCUUCACACGCUUACGAUGCACCGACCCCUGGCGCUGGCCUGAGUGCGCCUACGCCCGGUGCGAUGAACGCGCCCACCCCCGGCGCCUACUCGGCCUCGACUCCUGCGGCCAUGAACGCCCCGACCCCGGGCGGUGGCUGGCAGGGCGGAUGGGGUGCGGACUCGGCUCCCACGCCGGCUGCUGGCGCGCCGACUCCCGCGGCUAGCGGUGGCUACUACAGCGCGCCGACGCCGGCCGCGUAUGGCGGCGCGGCGGAGACGCCCGGUGCGAGCGGGCCGCGGUACACCGAUGACGACUGA